AUGAUUGUUCUCAGGCAAACAUCCUUUAAUAAUCAUCGGCACCGGCGACAGCAGCAGCUCAUCCAUGGCGGCCAAGGCGGUUCCAAGAAGUCCGCCGGGACAAAGAUCGGAGAGGUGAUCGGCGGCGCAACCGCCGUGUGUUGCUGUUUUCCCAUUGGUUUGGCCAACGUUGUGUUCCUUGCUAUUUACAAGGUCCCGGCUGGUCUCUGCAGACAGGCGCUGGAGAAAAGAAAGCAGCGCCGUCGACUGAGACAAGCCAGAAAAGAAGGGUUGUACCCUCCAAAUCGUUGCUAUAGCUACGCCUUAGACGAAGAAUUUGGAGGUAAAUUUUUCGGCCGCGGCGGCGGUGGUGAAGAGGAUGUAGCUAAGAAAUUGAAAGAUGAGAAGUUGGAAGAAGAAAUGAUAGACAAAGAGGUUAUGGAGCUUGAGAAGGAGAUGUGGGAAACAUUUUAUGGCACUGGGUUUUGGAGAAGUUGUUCUAAAAGAGAUAAUUCAUCAUCACAAGGUUUUAUUAGCAUUGUUUCUGGUCCUAAUGCUCAAGUUCAUGAUGCUAAAUAUUGUACAGAAUUUAUCUAG